CUCGGUUGAACACCUCGCAAAGUCUGAAGCGGCUGAGACGCCGGUUCCAAUGCGCCAUGAGACCGUGGACCCGGCUCUUCGCGCUUCGGCGUGCGUGGGGCUUGCGUGGAUAUUCAGUGAGAGCUCGUCCUGCAGGCUCAUGGACAACUGAAGAGCUUCAAGCCCUGGUGCGUCAGGCUGCAAUGAGUGGACAUCUUGAGGAGAGUGCUUUGAAACAACUUCACGGGGAAAGCCCCGUGGAGCGGGCACAGGAUCUACCGGAAGUUGUUAAGACUCCUGGCACCUCAGAGGGCGAUGGGGAGCUCGUUGCAGAGGAUGCAUUAGAACCAGUAGAGAGCUCUGGGUCAGAUACCUCGAAGUUGCUGCCCUGUGACUUUACUGAUUUCGUUUCAAUUGCAGAUCUUUGUCGAUCGGAAGGGCUACGCAACUUCGUAGCUUUGGGGCAGCUGGCAGAUAGGAUGGUUAAAGAACUGGCAAAGCCAGAUCUUGCCCAAGCCGACGAGUUGCUUCGGCUUGCGAGCACCUUUGCCACCCUUGGAGUCUUGCAUCCGCCGCUGUUCGCAUCUCUCACCAAGUCAUUGCUAUCGUUGUGGAAGGACAAAGAUUCUUCAGCCACUGCCUCGCAGGUGGCACGGCUGGCACGUGCCUGUGCAGCACAGCGAUUUCGUCAUGAGGAGCUCUUUGGUCGCAUGGCCAAUUUGCUGCGAACACGCCUCAGUGCACUGUCCUCCCAGGAGGCCUUAAGCUUGUUGUUCUCGCAUGCGUCCUUGCGAUUGGCACCGCCUUAUGGGGAGCUGGAUGAGGGCAUGUGGCAGGCGCUUGAGAAGCAUGCGAUGUCCGAGGACAUCUCUCCUGAGGCCGCGCUGAAGCUGUGCCAUGCGCUUUUCUUGUCACGGCGAGUGGAUGAGAAGAGCGUCCCCCAGGUUGUCGAACUUUUGAGCAGUGCCGCUGAGAAGUUGCAGCAGCGCCCAUUGAGUCUCGGACUUCAUCGACGUGUGCUACUCCUUCGCAGUGCCGUGCGCUAUUUGCACCGGGAGGCCUACAAAGAGCUGCCCAAGGAAGUGCAUGAUCUUUUUCGAAAAGCUCACCGGAUGGAAGCACCAAUGAAUGUGAAGCAACCAGUUCUGUUUGUUCGCAAGCUGAGCCACUGCCUGACAAAACUGAAGAUUGGACACAUUGUGAUGGCAGAGAGAGGGCCAUUUACCUUUGACCUUGUGGAGCGUGAUCGGAAGGUUGUCUACGAAUGCAAUCACUUUGAUCGGUUCUAUGCCAAUUCCACUGAGAAAAUUGCAAGUGCGUCUUUGCAGGAGCGGAUUGUGAAAGCCAUGGGCUAUCGAGUGGUGCAGGUUCCCCACUGGCAGUGGAACCGAAUCAAGCAUCGCCGCCAACGCAUGGAAUAUAUUCGUAUGUCCCGCUACUAUGCAUUGAAGGAUCGUCGUGAGUGGGCACCGCGGGAUGAAGAACUGCAAGAUGUUGCUGUGAACGAGCUGGACUACUUGGGGGAGUACUUCUUUAGGAAGGAAAUGCCAAAUACCCACUGGGCAUGGUUUCAACCUCGCUAUGAUGCUAGCAAGCGCAUACCAGAGGGAAAGACGGCAGGGACGGUUUAGAGCGGAAAAAGGCAUUGCGCUGUUUGGCG